GCUGCACCGUAACCGCUACUCUCGACAGGCGAGCAGAGGGCAGAGGAAGCACAGUGGCUCGCGCUCGCAGUAGACGCUCGGUAAUCGGUGUGUCGGUCAUUUCCGGUUUUGCUGAGCAUCCGCGACAAACUGCGAUCUGAUGAGGCAAAGUUUGUCUGGUACAUUUUGGACUGAUUCCUCCUCUACUGGCAGUGUAUAUCCCCUUGUCUCUGUGGUGCGUGUGCGACUGAGCGUGUGAGUGACGUGUGCUCCAUGGUGACCCAUGGGCCGCUCUCCCAUCAGCCUGUCCACACUGAAGCUGGGGAGGUUAAAGGUUAUCCGUAGGCAGCUGCUUCAGCGCUACGAGCACCAGCCGUUUGUUUCCUGUCUGGCUGGACUCUAUGGCUGCCAAUGGAGGCGCUAUCAAAGGGCCAAAGCCCAACCGGGAGAGUGCUGCUGUAGCAGGUUGGAGUUUGCUAGUUUUAUUCUACUUAUCGCCACAUUUUUCCUGACCCUGGUGUUCCUGUAUUUCUGGAGUGAGGCUCAGAAUGACUAUGAUGACUUUGAUUGGUUUAACUUUGGGAAUAUAGGCUUCUGGUUUCCCUGGUCAGUGGUGCUGCUGGUGGUGGCUGCAGCACUGUUUACCUACAUCGCUCUUUUGCUGGUUUUAGCGGUGUGUCUUCUCUCUGAGGGACAGAGACUUUUUCUGCACUGGAGCCACAAAAUUGGUAUUCUGGUGACCCUGACAUUCUCUGUCAGUGCCACAGCUGUGCUCUCUGAUCUGUGGAGCAAAGAGUGGCAGACGCUUCUUCUGUCUUUUCAGGUCACUGCACCUUUUCUGCAUGUGGGUGGAGUCUCAUUCAUGGCUCUCCUGUCUUGGCCAAUAGCCUUACACUUCUUUCGAAUGAAUAAGAGAGUGAGGCAGGUGGCUAUUCUGGGCUCAUAUCUGGCUGUGCUAUUUGCCUUGUAUCUGGUUCCUCUGGGCAUGUAUUCCCCCUGCAUUAAAGAAGAGGGCACUCUGGGCCCCGCACCUAUCCUCAUCGGGCACAGAGGCGCUCCAAUGCUUGCACCGGAGAACACACAGAUGUCCUUCCUGAAAGCUGUGGAGGCUGGAGGAGAGGGACUAGAGACUGAUGUCACUAUAAGCUAUGACGGAGUUCCCUUCCUCAUGCACGACAGCACAUUGAGGCGAACAACUGAUGUGCGCAAGGUGUUUCCCAAUCGAACAAACACUCCAGCAGCCAUGUUCACCUGGGCUGAGCUGGAGAUGCUCAGAGCUGGAGCCUGGUUCCUACAGAGGGAUCCAUUUGGCACAGCCUCAUCUUUGGGCCCAGAUGAACGUGCCCAGGUGGAGAACCAGACGGUGCCCACACUGAAAGAGUUUUUGGACUUAGCUGCACAACACCAAAGUUUGGUGAUCUUCGACCUCCGUCAGCCGCCUCCAGGUCACCCAUACCAGGACACAUGGAUCACUCGAACCCUGGAGGUCAUUCAAAACGAAUCCUCUAUCAACUCUAGCCAGGUACUGUGGCUUCCAGCAAAUGGGAGGUAUUUGGUGCAGGAGCUGGACCCAGAGCUGCAACAGACUUCUGGGAGUCAGGCAUCCAUAGAGGAGCUGCAGGAGAACAACAUCGUCCGCCUCAACCUGCACUAUAGCUCUAUGUCCCAGGAGCUGAUCAGUAAAUAUGCCUCUGUGAACAUCAGCACUAACCUGUAUGUGAUCAGUCAGCCGUGGCUGUACUCUCUGGCUUGGUGUGCUGGAGUUCAUUCAGUCACGACCAACGCACCGCAACUCCUCAAGAUCCUCAACAAGCCCAUCUUCCUCAUGACCCCACAAGAGUACAGUCUGAUGUGGAUCCUAACAGACAUUGUUUCUGCCGUCCUCAUCACAGCUGUUUUUAUUUUCCACUGGUGGCGAGAACGAGGAUUGCCAUUCUGGUCAGACAGCAAGCAAGUACACGAGAAUGGACUGUACAGCAAAUUUCGGACUGAUUCACCCGAAGUUCACUGUAUUCGCUGGAACCCUCUCUUCACCGAAGAUUUUCCAAGGAGCGUGUUCUCAGUGGCUCAGGAACUUGCCCCUCCCCUGCAUGCCCCCUUGUAAUGAUGUGACCUUUCACUUCUCUUGUCCUCUGAAUAACCCCACUCUGGUUUUUCUCUCCACCCUCCUUCACUGGGGCAGAAAUGAGUGAUGUCUGGUCCAUCUCCAGUCUCAGUGUACGGGUGGAGGGACGGAACGGGCCCAACACGCCAAACCUGCCCACCAUCACAGAAGAGCCGCAGGGCUGAUAGAGACGAGAGAAAAAACUGUAUCUCUGUUUCGACUCUGAAUUGCCAUUUUUCCAUCCGUUUGUCCAUUUCUGACACCUGUGAGCUGUUUUGCCAGAACAUUUUUGUUCGAGAUUCAGCCCGAACUGCAUUAAAAACCAGCUGCAUAUGAAGAGCCAAGAUCUCCUCACUCAUACACAAAAUGCCAGCAUCCAUGAGAUAUUUAUCAUAUGCUCCUUUUUUUUAUUAUGAAGUUAUGAUCAGUCUGUGCCAUUUCGAACUCUUUUUUGGAAACAUACUUAUAUUUGAGAAGAAAUGGUCUCGGCACUCAUUCAGUCAUCAGCGGAUGAAAAAACAAGAAACACUUAA